AUGGCCGGCAACCGAGUACAGUACCGCCGUCGCAACGGCUACAACACGUCGUCCAACAGGACUCGUAUCAUCAAGACCCCCGGCGGCGAGCUGCGAAUCCUCCACAUCAAGAAGCGAGGCACUGCCCCCAAGUGCGGUGACUGCGGCAUCAAGCUCCCUGGUAUUCCCGCCCUCCGACCCCGCGAGUACGCCGGAAUCUCCAAGCCCAAGAAGACCGUCCAGCGUGCGUACGGUGGCUCAAGAUGCAGCAACUGUGUGCGCGACAGGAUUGUCCGCGCCUUCCUCAUUGAGGAGCAGAAGAUCGUCAAGAAGGUGCUGAAGGAGCAGAGCCAGGGCGAGAAGAAGAAAUAA